AUGCAAAAGCCAACAGCAAUCUUCUUGCUCUUGUUGCAUGAGGCCGCUGCACAGAAGCUGCCGAAUCAACCCUAUGUCUACGGCGCACCCCCUCCCCAGCCUGAAGUCCACGAGCCAUAUGUAUAUGGCAAACCCAAUCCUUCAAACAAUCAGAAUCCCUCGAGCAAUCAGAAGCCCUAUGUCUAUGGCAGUCCUCCCUUUAACUAUGGGUCAAACGCCUCCAACGGAGGAAAUGACGCGUCCAAGUACAUCUCACAGAUUACCAUAGACGAGAUCAUCCCUUCCGACUACAAGGGAAAUAUCAAAUGUUGCCCCAAAGACACCUAUUUUGACGGCAGCUCUUGCGUAUUUCCCGAGUCAUCAGUUUGUCCGAAGGGAACAUAUCUGUCCAACAAUGUCUGCGUAAGCAGCACCGGACCAAGUUGCCCAGCGGGCCUGGUGUAUAACGGCAAGGCCUGUGUUACAAAAGCGCCGCCCAGCUGCCCGCAAGGGUCAACAUUUGUCUCGGAUACUUGUGUCGCAGACUCUGGGCCGCAGUGCCCUUCCGGAUACCGAUUGGAGGGAUCCAAUUGCGUGUCGGAGACUGAUGCCAACUGUCCCCCAGGUACAGCUCGCAAAGACAAGCUCUGUGUUUUGAAGCAGCCUCCUGUCUGUCCCCAAAGCCUCUAUUACGAUGGUAGCAACUGUGUGGCCAAUCAGCCACCACAAUGCCCGUCUGGAACAAGUUUGGGCGGAAGCUUCUGCGUCUCCACCAGACCGCCCGGCUGUCCGUCAGAGCAUAGGCUCGAGUCGGGCAAGUGUAUCCAUGACAGAGAGCCUACAUGCGCCCAUGGUUCAUACUUUAGCAACGGCGCGUGUAUGGCCCGCGAAAAGCCGCUGUGUUCCAUUGGAGUUUUCAAUGGUCGGGUCUGCGAAGACACCCGUGAACCAGAGUGUCCCUCUGGAACUAUUCUGCAGGACUCUACAUGUAUCGGAAGAGAGAAGCCCGCGUGCGCUCCCGGACUGGCCAUGGCUCAAGAUAAGACGUCAGGAAAAUCGGCCUGCUGUCUUGCCGGCUUGGAAUACGAUGGGCAAGGCUGCUCAAAGCCAGCUCAAAGCAGCAACGAAUGCCCUAGUGGCACUGUCUUUGACGGGAAACGAUGCUUUUGGACCCCACAGACGGAGCCAGUUUGCCCCGAGAAUACCAGGUUCGACGGCAAGGACUGCUUGUCCAGUGCUCGCCCUUACUGCCCCAACGGCUCCACGUUCAACGGCAAAGCAUGCAUUCACGGCACGAGUCCUUCUUGCCCCCUUGGCUCAACCUUUGAUGGCACCAACUGCGUCAGUAGCUCACGUCCUACUUGCCCAUACGGAACAUUCCUGAACGGCCAGAGCUGUAGCUCCAACAGCUCGCCAACGUGCCCCGAUGGCCUGACUUUCAAUGGACAGGCCUGCGUGUCUAGCAGCCGGCCCAGGUGUCCGACUGGCUCUGUGCUUACUGGAGAUGUUUGCGCCUACCCGGAACAGCCCGACUGCCCAGCGGGUUCCACACUCGUCGGCAAGGACUGCGUCGUCUCGCAGACGCCAGCCUGCCCUCAGGGGCUUGCGUUUGACGGAAAGGACUGUGUAUCGCAACACCGUCCUGCUUGUCCCACUGGUUUCAAGCACGAUGGCAAGGGCUGCGUGGCAACCUCGGACCCCAGCUGCCCGACCGGUCUGACCUUUGACGGCAAACACUGCGUGUCGCUGGCCCGGCCAGAGUGCGGAUCUGACGCGCAGUUUGACGGUGAGCGAUGCAUUUCCACGGUCGACCCUAGCUGCCCCUCGGGCCAGACCUUCAACGGGAUGACGUGCGUCUCGCGGGACCGCCCGCAGUGUCCCCACGGCACCACCUUUGACGGCUCCGAGUGUAUCUCCGAGUUGAAGCCAGAGUGCCCGUAUGGCACCAAGCUCGAGGAUGGCACAUGUGCAUCGAACAAGGAGCCGGAAUGCCCCCAGGGGACGCGCUUCGAUGGCCAGAGCUGUAUUUCUGUCGUGGCGCCUUCGUGCCCAGCAUACCUCGUGCUCAGCGACGGCAAAUGUAUCUCCACGACCAAGCCGACGUGCCCGCCCGGCCUGACUGCUUCGGGAGGGUCAUGCGUCUCUACUUCUCAAGCAGAGUGCCCUCUUGGAACAACUCUUGAUGGAAACCGUUGUGUCACCAAGCAGAAGGAUUCCGAUUGCUAUGACAUGCGCAUUUGCCCGGCUGUUCAGCAUCAGCCGCUCGGGACUGCCGUCAUCUAG